AUGACCCCAGUUUUCGUCUUCAUGAUCCAAUGCCUCCUCUGCUUCUCACCUGCUUACCUUCCAAAGCAGCACCCACAACCGGCCAGUCACCAAGCCAUAACAAGAUGGCGUAUCUACCAACAGAGGUCGUCGAUUGGCCACGCUGGUGCGGCUUUGGCCACCCUGAGCAAGGAGUUCCAAGCCAUCGCAGAGAGGAAAAAAUUCGCGAUCCUGUCUCUCUCCGGCAUGGACCUCCCAACCGUCGCCAAGAGCUUGGAGAGAGACCCGAGACGAUUCGACUACAUUCGAGUCAUCAAGUUUAGCAUCAUCCUAUACUGUUUUCACUUCGAGGUGGGAACCAGUGUAGCAAGAGAAGAUGCUUGGUAG